UUCUCAUUCAAAAAAAGAGGGGCACGGCACUCCCCUCUCUGUUCUCCCUUCCUCUCUCCACCCCCAGCUUUGGUAUAUAAAUGGAGUGAAUCUCACAUCUUGCACUUCACUCCUUUUCCUCUGCUCGCAGUCUGACUUAGGAAGGACAUUCAACCCUAAUCAUGAGCAGGAACUACUUGUCCAAAAAUGAUGAGCUCCGCAAGGGAGACUCUCUGGUGUCCAACAACGGGGAGUUUAAGGCCGUCUUCCAGGAGGAUGGUAACUUUGUCCUCUAUGGCUGGAAGCCUAUAUGGGCUUCAGACACUGGUGGAACAGACGUUGUCCGCCUGUGCAUGCAGGCUGACUGCAACCUGGUCAUGUACAACAAGGAAAGCAAACCCAAGUGGCACACAAAUUCUGCCAAAGGCGACUGCAACAUGUGCCGCCUUUACCUGACCAACGAGGGCAAACUGGUGGUGGACAAGGAAUGUGGACAGAUUUGGAGCUCUACUAACGACAAAGGCAUGAAGUGAUUCAUUGUAUGUGAAAGUCAUGUUUGGAUAUCAGCUUGAGUCACCAGUAAACCUGCCUGCUGUGUAAUCUGGCAUCAAAUAAAAGCAAUUUUUCACAAUGCA